UACUCAUCUUUCUAUUCAGGCCUCUCCUACUCAUAUUCUAGAUUCAAUUCUUAAAAAAACGUGAUCAUUUCAUGAGAUUAUUAUUGUAAUAUAUAUAUAUGAGAUGAUGAUGAGGCAUUUUGAUGUUUAUUAUUCCUUUUCAUAAAGGGAUAAAAUGUUCAGAUUUAAACAAUGUUGCAGACACACAUAAUAAAGAUGUUAUGUUUACCUACAUAGCAUCUGUGGGUAGAAAAGCACAGUUGUUUGCAAUAAAACCUGACAGACUAGUUUUUUUUUCUUGUCUGUUUUUCAUUUUACGCAAGUCUGAAUUCCUGUUAGAAUCCCUCCCAUUUUGUGCACACUGCAAACAUGGACGCUGUUCAGAAUGUCCUGAAGUUUUUCACUGACAAUAAGUCGGCCAUCGGUUAUGGAUUUAUGACUCUUAUGACCAUCGGGGGACAGAGGUUGUUUUCUUUAGUUGCCUUCAAGUGCCCCUGCAGUCACCUAAACUUUAUCUAUGGGUCUGCAUUCUUAUUAGGCCCGGCAAUUAUUUUUUUUAUUAUUGGUUACUUUUUGAACAGUAGGACAUGGAAAUUAUUUACAGGAUGCUGUGUCAACCCAAAGCAAUUGUUACCCAGAAGAAACCCCUGCUACUGUCUUCGUAUUUUUAUUCAGAUCACUCUAAAUGCCUUGAUUCUUCCUGUCAUGUGGAUAUCUGUAGCUCUGCUCAAUGGAACAUUUUAUACCUGUGCUGUGAGUGGGUGGCAGGAUCUGGAGAAUGGGCACUUUUUGUGCAAAAACAAGUCAAAGCACUGCUUCGAUGAGAUAUUUAAGCUGAGCUGUGACAAGGCAUCCAUGCCUCCUGCUGAGUCAGAAGAAAUCUUGGCACUGCUGAAUGCACAGUCUCAGGUCCUUGGCUGGUGCCUCAUACUGAUAUCAGCUGGUAUCUCUCUUUUAUCUACCUGCUAUUUUAACUGCCGGUCUAAAGUAAGCUCACUACAGAUGAAGUUCUGGAGAAUCUACAUUGAAAAGGAAAAAGAGAAAUUUGACGAGUUGGCACUAGAAUAUGCCACCAAGCUGGCUGAGAGGAAUCUAAGAAGCUUCUUUGAGAACAAAGAUCCAGAUCCCUUUGAGAUGCCCAGCAACCAGGCAUGGAAGGAAGUUUCCUCUUUAUAUUCGUUCAACAAAGAAUACCAGUAUUACAGUACUGUUCACAGAUUUGUUGAGCAUGGCAUAAAUGACAAUGUAAAUGGACAUGGAAUGGUUGACUUUGUGGAUGGACAUUAAACUGUGUAACAAUUAUUUCGAACUUCAGCCACAAGAUACAGAAAGCAACCAAUCAACUGUCAACAAGCAUACAAAUAGUGAAAACGUAAUGUACAUUUACAUAAUGUGGCCUUAUGGAUUCAUCAUUUGCUACAAAGGUGUUAGCAGCAAAUAUUUCCAGUUUACGAAAAAUGGAUGAGGAUUUCACUCUAAUCCAAAUCAAGGCAACUCAUUAACAAUCAGACUUAAAGACAUUUAAUGAGACCAAGCCCACCAGCUUUGUUAGGUAACUGCAAAAAAGGGCAGCAGGAUCUUCAGUCUCGUCACAUAAUGUUUCUGACUCCCUGACAGUGAUUGCUCAGCAGGAGCAUGUGCAGAAUCUGGCACUAGCUCCCAUAGUGGAUGCUCCUGGUCAGUGAUCUCAGGCAAGGAGACAGAAACAUUAUGAUAUAACAUGAUACAUAGUCAUAUGUAGCUAAAAUUGAUGUCCAGGAGAAUUAAUUAAUAGACAUUGAUGUGGUUGUAAAAAAGGUUUAGUUCUCCUUUAGGACAAUGCCCAUAUGUUUGUUUAAUAAUAUAAACCAAUAUAGCAUUACCUUGGCAAUAACGUCCACUGUCUCAUUGUAACUUCUGCAUUUUUUUAUUCCAGUGUUUGCCAAAAAGUCUUCUAUUAGUCUAAUUCCAAUGUUGUAUCCCCUUUAAAUUGUAAAAAGUAAAUGUUAAAUAGCAAAAAGAGACUGCAUAGAAGAUUUUCAAACUGAGUAGUGCAAAGCAAUUGCAAAGAAUAACACGUUGAUUCCUUGUCUAGUUACACCUUUUACCAUUUUUCAGUCUUUGUGCACUGGCAGACAGGACCAAGGCUCAUCUGACUAAGAAUGUACUGUACAGGUCCAGAGUCAGACUUUCAUUCAAGUGUACUGAGUGGGUAAUUCAGAAUGUUUGCCCCCCCUGGCACUAAACGACUAAUCUAGGUGGAAAAACAUUUUAAAUCAUCCAGCAUUCCAGUGCCCAUAAAUAUACACAAACUAUGUGCACUUUAAAAACAAGAUAGAUUUCGUCACAGGAUUAUGCUUCAUGUUAUGCUGUUAACUUGUGUAUUAUGAAAACAACAUAUGUAUGUACCCAUGACAGCAUCUCUUUAUUAAUCUGAACCAUAUGUGCCCCUUUCUACUGCUACAAGUUUGUCUGGCUAUAAUAGAACACAACUAAGAAACCUCUCAUAAUCACUAUUCAUUUUAGUGAAUUCCAUAACUUUUAGUUAUAUAUAGCGUUUAGCUGGCCAUACAUGAGAUGCUACACAAACAUAUUUAACUUUUAAGAUGCCACUUUAUAUCAAUUUGUAAAGUUUUAAUUUUGAUACCCACUCAUGGGAAUGUUAGGUUCACUCAACUUGUAUAAAAGUUUGUCAGUGCGAAUAAGGUUGAUUUUAAUUUUUAUAUUGUGUAUUGUACAGUUACAGUAAAAUGAAUGCCAGACAUACAAGCCGAACAAAAGUGUUUUUCCUAUUUAAAAGGCAAAGUAAAACCAGAAAAUAAAAAUUCUCUAUAUGCAUUAAGAUGCAGCAU